AUGAUAGGCAGCACGAUGGCUACAUCAUCGUCUGCACCACUACUAUCGGAAACACUGUUAAGCGGUUAUGCAAACAAUCUUUUGGGCACGGACGAGGGGCCCUGGUUGGAGUGCUUUGAGUUAGUGGCUAUCAAACGAACGAUGCAGCCAUGUUUCUUCAAUGUUGCUCCACCAGAUUUUAACCAUUCAGGAAGACGCACAGGUUACUCUUAUUCGUGCCCUGAUUCCUAUUUUUUGGUCGGUAGCAUCGCAGCAGUGGCUGUGGUGGUUGUAUUCCUCGGGUUUUUUGCUUGCUAUCUGAAUUUUCCUUUCGAAUUUCUGGGUGCAGAUGUUACCAGAACACUUUCUACAUUAUCCAAAUCAGACAACAGAGCAGCAACGUUAUAUGGUAACGUUGAAGAAAAGGACGAACUAGAAAUCCAAAUGACAUCUUUCGUCCCUCCGUCUAAUUCGCCUGCGUUAAGAGCUAAACCAGCCUCUUUUGAGCUAUCUUCUCCAAGUUGGUCCGCGGUUGUGUAUAGUGACCAUAGUAUCUGCAGUGAUAUUGGAAGAUCCAUUUUACUUCGAGGUGGCAAUGCAGUGGAUGCAUCUAUUGCAGUAUUCUUUUGUCUAUCUGCAGCGCUACCACAUCGAGGUGGACCUGGUGGUGGUCUCAUGGCUACAAUUUAUUCUGGUUCAAAAUGUGCAACAUUAAAUGCAAGAGAAUUCUGCCCUACUGAUGCUACCGAAGCGUACUUCACCAAUCGUCGUGACGAAACCGCUGUUGCUGCUGGGGUGCCUGUGUUUCUUAACGGACUUUACCGAACGUUUGAAAAGUACUCAUCGAAGCGUCUAACAUGGCAUCAGUUGGUUUCUCCGACAGUUGACCUAUGUGUUCGUGGUAUACCUGUAACAAAAGAGCUAUCCCGGAGUCUCAUGGAGGCGCAUUCGCUAGUAACGAAUAGCCCUAGAAUGAGAUCGCAUUUUGUUAAUGAGACUACUGGCGAAGUGUUUUCUGAGAAGGAAAAAAUGUUCUGUCCGCUGCUUGGCAAUUUUCUUCGCGAGGUUGCAGAGGCGAAAGAUCCAGUUGAUUUCUUUUAUCGCGGAGAAGGCUCGAGAAAGUUUUUGAGGUCGUCUGUCGGAAGAGAUGGAUUUAUAACUGCCCAGGAUCUGGAGGACUGUGAGUCGGAGUUCCAAGCGGGUGUACAGAUGUUCCUCGGAGGACAGUCGGUCUGUGGCCCACCACCACCGUCUAUUUACAGCAUAAUUCAGUUAGCUGUCGCGGCUAUGUAUGAGGCAAACUCAACCUCAGUGCGUAUACCACUUACUGCAUGGGACAAAUCAAAGCUCAUUGGUGAUGCAGUGUUUGACGAAGCCGUUUUGAAAGAUUCUUUGGGAUUGACUGGGAAGGAUUCUGUACAGGAAGUUCUGAGACGUUUCAGAAAUCGUCACAACCCUGAAAUUCAGUACGACUUAACAGAAAAGGGAUCAUUUUCUGUGCUGAUUGUUGAUGAAAAAGGUGAUGCAGUGUCCAUGACGUCAUCCCUGGGAGACAAGUUUGGAAAUCGUGAAUUUACUGAGUUUGGUUUCUUCAUGAACAACGCUAUGUCAUCGUUCACUUACGAUACAAACGUAGGAUCAGUAUCAUCACGAAAUUCUCCCCAAUCUGCGAAAUGUCCAUUGACGCAGAUGUCACCAUUGGUUGGUACAAAAGAUGGAAAGGUGUCCUUCCUCAGCGGUGGCACCAAUUAUCUCGGGAUCUGUGCUUCAGUUCUUCGAGCGCUUACUUCUUUAGAAGGCAUCCCAAAAGCUGGAGCUCCUUUAGUGUACAGGAACAUGAAAGGUUUGCACUCAUGGAGUAACGAUGAAUCGCUUUUGACAGGCUACUGA